GUGAGCGCCCGCCUAAGUUAAGGCUGGACCACCUGUUACGAGUACACUGGUCGUGUUGCUGAUCAACAGAAAGACCGUAAGCACGGCCUCCGCAGCCUGAUCUACCUCAGCUCCCCAGUUGCUUGAUGUACAACCCAUACAGGUAAUUCAUAGACUGCUCCUCAUUGAACAGAACCAAAUACCAAACCAAGUCGCAACACAGCAGUGUCCGCCGGAAGACCUCAUACCUGCCUUGUUUCGUCCCAGUAGCGCCCACCAUGGCAGCGACCACGACUAGCAACUCCCCGGACAAAGCCUUCCUCGACAAGUUCAUCUCCCUCCUCUCCCGCUCCUACCUCACCACUCCUCUGACCACCGCCUUCAUUACCGAGAUCGACCACACUCCGUCCUCAGCGAACCGCGCCGACGUCAUUACUCCCCAGCGCCUGACCAAGCACUUCACGCUGGGCAUCACAGCCGCAUCCAAGAGCAAUGUCGUACUCAUUGAAAACGACAACUUCACGGCUGCCGCACUCUGGGAACCUCCUGACUUCUGCGGUAUCCCGCCGUCGCAGGCAAGACGCGAUCCUGGCCCGAUCUUACAAGAAUUCAGAGGCGCAGCCCGAAGACUGAAGGCCAAAUAUCUGUCGUUGCCUGACCAAGGACCGCACAGCUACGACCAGCCCGCCGCGCCGAGUCAAUCGUCUGGUGGACCGUCAGAGGAUCCAUAUCCUGCGGACUUCAACAAAGAUGUUGAUUUCGAGACACGUCCAUUCUACCAUCUUGCCAUACUAGCGAGGGAUCCUGAGGUGGACCCGCAAAAGAGCUUUGCAGCGGCCAAGGCGUGUCUGGAGCCGUUCAUGAAGAAAGCAAAGGAAGAGGAGGUGCCGGUGUGGCUGGAGACGGCGAGCGAGGCGUCGAAAAAGGAAUAUGAAGACUUGGGCUUCAAGGUUUGUGAAGAGGUCAUUAUUGGAAAAGGUAGAGUGGAUUCCAACGGCUGGCCACAGGAAGGCGGCCAAGGGGUUUUAACGUGGGCCAUGAUCUAUGAUGAACAUCUGAAUUGAGUCUAUCUCAAUAUAAUGCCAAUCCAUCACCUUGGUGGACUAUCAUAUCUGGACGGUUCGUUCUCUCGUUCGCCAGCACUUGAAUUGGCUUAGUGGCAACCAUCUUUAUCGCAUUGCAGUUGCGUCUCGUCGAACGUCAAAACACCGUCACCAUUCGCAUCAUGCAUGGCGAACUUGGCGAGUACGUACUGCCCGUACUGCCCUCCAGUCUCCGUGUCUGGGACGUUGAAGAAUCCCAGAUAUUGCUCCUUCGAGACCACCGACGUGCCGUUGAUUUGUAGGCCACCACUUACGUCCUCGA